AUGCGUGUUCGUGGUUCUGCACGAUUCUCUCUCCUUUUCGUCUGGUCUUUAUUCAUCCUUCUGGCACUGCCAUCCAUCUCAGCCUCCGUGCUGCCCAUCCAACCGGUCUUGCAGUCCAACUCGGAAAUUUCCCCCGACAGUGGAGAGACCCUCGUCGAUCCAUCUCCACAUACCAUCUCAAUUCUAGACCCAUCACCACCAUCACCAUCACCACCCACCAACCUCACCACCACCACCACACCAACAACAAACCCUCUCCACCCCCGCGCCACCUCCACAGACACCCCAACAGACACCACCUUCCCCACCCCCUUCGACACCUCCCUCACAAACAACUUCACAACAACCACCUGCGCCAAAUACUUCACCACGCUCCUCACCAACACCACCCUAACCACCUGCCACCCCAUCUCGCUCCUCCUCCGCAACUCCGCCUCCUUCUUCACAACCCUCACAACCCCAACCCACCUCUCCACCAUCCUCGACACCGCCUGCGCCGCCCCCCUCACCACAUGCAGCACCACCCUGACCACCCUCGCCACCACCCUCCUCCACCCCACCACCUGCGGCCACGACUACACCGCCGGCAACCAACUCGUCAUAGACCUCUACACCGACCUCCUCACCUACGAGCCGCUCUACCGCGCCACAUGUCUCCAGUCCCCGACCACGAAGAAUUAUUGUUUCGUGGAUGCCGUCACGAAUACCUCCAAUGCGGUCAACUAUGAUGUCUAUUUUGUGGCGUAUGGGACGGGGUAUGAGGUUACCGAGGCGCCGUGGCCGACGUGUGAUGUUUGUUUGCAGGCCACGAUGGGGGUGUUUGCGCAGUGGGCCGGGGUCGAUGGGCAGCCGUUGGUGGAGUCGUAUUUGCCGACGGCGAGGGCGUUGGAUGGGGAGGGGGCGUGUGGGACGGGGUUUGUGGAUGUGAAUGUGACGGUGGGGGAGGUGAAGAGGGUGGAGGAGUCGGGGGGGUUUUCUUUUAGAUGUAGGGGGAGGUGGGGGGUGAUGGGGUGGAGUUUGGGGGUGGGUUUGCUGGUGGGGGCAGGGCUGUUUUGA